UCUGAGUUCUGGGAUUACAGAUGUGUGCCAUUACAUCCAGCCAGAGAUUGAUUUUUAUAUUUGGUUGAUUACAAUGUAUGCUUUAAAUGUAAAUCAAGUUGAACGCCUUAAAUACGUACAGAUUUUACAAUAGCCGACUACACCUCAGUAAAGCUGGGAUCGAGUGGGAAAAGUCGUUGAAGCAAAUAAAUACUCUUGCCAAUUUAUUUAUUUUUAAUUAGCACGGUGUAGUAAAAUUACUGGUGAUACUUGCUUUCCUGUACACAUUUCCUCAUUUAAAUAGUUAUAACUGACAUGUAUACUUUUUACAAGCUAGGCUUUUGUAUUUUGAAAUUAGGAAGUAGAUUGAAAAUUCACAAGUCACUUUGGGAAAUUGAACAGACCGGGCCAAGCGAUUACCUUGGAAAGCGCUCCUCAGGCCUUUUGAAUAAGGUAUAGACUUUUCAGAGAGUCCCUAACUCCGCAGCUCGGAGGUUUCUGGGAAAUGUAGUCCCAAAGGUCGACGUAGCGCCCCUCAGAGGACCCUGGGAACGCCGAGCAGCCCUCAUAUCUGCGCAUGUGCAGUGGUGCGAGAGCGCGCCACCGGCCGCCCUACCCCCCAUGCAGCCGCGAGUGGGUGACAGGGACCCCUUCUCUGCUCAUCUUCGCCGCCCCGCGCCGUGACCCGGCCUGGCACGGCGCCACGAGUGGAGGUUGUGCCCUUGAAGUUCUGCCUUUAUAGUUCUCUGCCUCUACCCCAAAACUGCAGAAAAUGAACAAAUCCCAGAAGUGUGGAAGGCUGAUGACCAGAUGGAAAGGGAGCACAGAAAUCCAGAUGAACAGGCAAGGCAGUUUAUGAGCCUCAAGAACCAAACUGCACUUGAGGAAAGAGGUAACCUCUUUGGAAGAACGUUUACUUUGAACACAGACUUUGUUUCUUUAAGACAAGUGCCCUAUAAAUAUGAUUUAUAUGAAAAAACUUUGAAAUAUAAUUCAGACUUACUUCAUAAUAAUAGAAGCUAUUCAAGAAGAAAAGGUGAUGAGUGCAUUGGAUUUGGAAAACCACUCCUGUAUCUGAAGCAAGAGAAAACCCAUCCUGGAGCAGAAUAUUCUGAAUACAGUAAAAGUGUGAAAGCCCUUGGCCAUAAAGAAGUCAUUUUUAAACAUCAGAAAAUUAAGAACUUAGUUCAACCAUUUAUUUGUAAUUACUGUGACAAGGCCUUCCCCUUUAAGUCACUCCUCAUUAGUCAUAAGAGAAUACACACUGGAGAAAAACCCUACGAAUGUAAUGUAUGUAAGAAAACUUUCUCCCAUAAGGCAAACCUCAUCAAACAUCAGAGAAUUCACACUGGGGAGAAACCCUUUGAAUGUCCUGAGUGUGGAAAAGCUUUCACCCAUCAGUCAAACCUUAUUGUACACCAGAGAGCACAUAUGGAGAAGAAGCCCUAUGAGUGCAGUGACUGUGGAAAGACAUUUGCUCAGAAGUUUGAACUCACUACACACCAGAGAAUUCAUACCGGAGAGCGACCCUAUGAGUGUAAUGAGUGUGCAAAAACCUUCUUUAAGAAAUCAAACCUCAUUAUACAUCAGAAAAUUCACACAGGGGAGAAACGCUAUGAGUGUAGUGAAUGUGGAAAAUCUUUUAUCCAGAACUCACAACUCAUCAUACAUAUGAGAACUCAUACAGGAGAGAAACCCUAUGAAUGUACUGAAUGUGGCAAAACUUUCAGCCAGAGGUCAACACUUAGAUUACAUUUGAGAAUCCAUACUGGAGAGAAACCAUAUGAGUGUACUGAAUGUGGAAAGGCCUUCAGCAGGAAGUCCCGACUCAGUGUCCAUCAGAGAGUUCACAUAGGGGAUAGACCCUGAGACUACUCUGAGGUGCUAUUGUAAAAACUCCUCAGAAUCCCUCCAGUGAAGAAAAACAGGUGUUGGAAUUCAUAGUAGGAUAUAAUCUCUCAAGUGAAAAAUAUGUAAAAAAAAAAAAAAUAGCAUUGCAUAUAGAACAUUAUACUGGAAGAUAGAUAUGAUAUCCAGCUAAAGUAUACACAUCAGAAUAUAUCAAAUUGUAAAUAGAUGUACCCAGCUAUAUUACAGUGAGCUUCGUUUUGUUUUUGUAGCAUUGGGGGUGGAACCCAGUCUAUUGCCUAUACUGGGCAAGUGCUCUUUCACUGAGCUACAACACCAACUCACGAUGAGCUUUUAAAAAUCUUGAAAGAACUCAAUAUUCUGGGCAGCAGCAUAAAGCAUAUACAGAUAAUACCCUAGGAAUUUAUAUGUGAGAGUAUGUCACAAAACACAAAUUAUGUUUUAAAUCAUAUGUGAAUUUAGUAGUCAUUGGGAGUUUGAAAUUCUUGUCCUCUGUGAUAAUUAGGAUAUAACAAACAAGAUUUUCCAUACUACGGUAAACAUCAUGUUUGUUUCAGUACCUUUCCAACCCAGUAUGGAUUCAAAAUGAAAUAUGUAACAUUUUAAAGCGGCAUGGAGCUGAUUUUUUUUUUUCUCCUACUGCUUGCUGGCAUAUAUAAGUUGGUGUGACCAUUGUUACUGAGCCUUUUUGCUAAAGAGAAAACAAUAUUGUUUGAAUCUUAACCCGAUCCUUGGUUUCAAGAUUUUUCUAGAAACAUUAUUUAUAUACAUAUGCAAGUGUUAGAUAACUAAGAGAUCAGUGAAAAGAGGCAGAUGCAACUGUGUUACUCAGUAUGUACUGCAGAAUAGAAAUAUGCCAUGCAAAGAGGAUAUCAUCCAUUAUGCUCUUAUUUUCCAUGGAGUAUUAACAUACAAAUGCAUGUGUAUUUCCAAAAGAUUGUGUAACUCAGAAGCUACUUGUAUUUUUGUGCGCGUCCCUAUCCUUUUAAGACUUUAUGAAUUGUCUUGCAAAAAGUCAUAUGAUGCUUAUGUACCUCACAAAUGCUAGUUACAUUUCAGAGACCUUAGAGGAAAAAAUAAUUUAUUUUAAGAAAGGUAUAAAGAAUCCUGUUUUGCUUUUCAAAGUUUCUAUAAGCAUAAUCCACUUUCAAGAUGAAUUUUUGUAGUAUUCUGUUUAAAGGAAGGAUCUUUACUUCCUUGAGUCUCAUCUUCAUCAACCUAAAAUCUUCCCUUUGUGACCUAACUUAGCAUAAAUUAAUUACCUUUCCUUUCAGUGUUCACACUUUGUAAAUUAACACUUUCCUUUCAGUGUUCACACUGUUUUCAGUGGUCUCUUCAUAUGCUAUAUGAUGAUUAUCAUUACAGUUAUUUUUUUUGCAUAACUGCAAUGUACCAUUUUAGCUUUUCAAAUGCACAAGUUUAGCCUUUCCCUCUUAAUCACAAAUCAUGCAAUGGAAUUAUAAAUGGAAAGCAGAACUGGUUUUUAUUAUUUUCGAAGAUCUCUGAUAUACUGUGACUCAAUAUGAUUGUGAAUGACUUUCUGGAAAAAUAUACCAGGACAUCCAUAGCCCAGCAAAUCUUUGUCUUUCUAAGUUAGUAUCUCACCUACUAAUGACAAGGAAGCAGGGGGAAACAGUUAUUUUCAACACUGCUGUUGGAAGUGUAAAUUGUAACAGCCUCUUUGGAAAACAUUGUGAGUCUGUCUUUUAACAUUAAAUAUAUAUAUACUCUUUAGGCUGGGAAUCUAACUCCUGGGAAUCUACUUCUAAGAAAAACAUAAAGUGCCAGUACUUAAGAUUUUAUGAUUAUCUAUGUAUACUGUAUUUUUUUGGUGAGGACCAAAAAAGGGGAAAAAAAAGAUGACCAUCAGUAAGGGAAUGAUUGAACAAAUUGUGGUAAAAAUAUACCAUGGCUGAAUGGUUUUCCAUAAAGGAACAUGUAGACACAAAAAAAUGAAUAUAUCAAUUUUUAUAAAAUAAAGAUCUUGAACCUU